AUGACUGAAAUCACAAAAUUCGAGCAAUUUGGAAUCAAUACGUUUUAUAAUGGAAUCCCGAUACUGGAUAAUGCCAGCGACUGGUUUAGGUGGAAUCAGAAGGUCAAUGAGUUCAUUCGGAUAUCUGCGGUUGCCGACGAUGGAGCGACUCCACCGACAGAAGAAGAAGAAGCACGGCAAUGGAUCCACCGUCAAAAGUUCUAUUCUGCGAUGAUUACGGCAAAGUUGACACACAAUGCGGCGCAAAGAAUCAAUGCCUUUGAGAUACCUCGAGUUCAAGCACUGCUUAAGGCAGUCCAGGACAACUUCAAACCGGAAGGCUCCGGCACGUAUGUUAGCCUCCAACGACGAUACAUGGCCCUCACAAGAGACAAGUGUGGGAGCACCCAAGCGCUGGGGGCAGAGAUCAGGAAGAUUCAUGCUGAAAAACUCCUUCUUGACCCUGAUUGCGUGACCUCCGAAAUUGAGCGAACAUUUUUCUUUGUUCAUGCACUCGGCCCCGAGUACGAGAGCUUCCGCGAUCAUAUCUUCCGACAAAUGGACCUUGUCAACGAAAGAGAUGCAAAUGGGAGUAUUAUCAAAGCAGCACCUACAUUUGACUAUAUCGAGAAUAAGGCCAUUGAGGAAGAGCAUAGAAAAGGGCAAUUGGGCAAACAAGCAAUGGAGUCGCAAGCUCUUCCUGCUCUUGCCCUAGUCCGUGGGCCAGGUGACAAGAAGCUCAUACCGUCGUCGGACGGAACUACUUGUCGGAUAGAGAUUGAUAACGUCCCAUAUUGCUCCUUCUGCCGAAAACCUUAUCACAUCGACGCCGAAUGUUUCACCAAGAACCCGAGACUGAAGGUCCAAAAGAAGGACGGAGACGGACCGAAGCCAAGACCAGGCAGAAUGCACAUAGGCGCACGCAGACAGUCGAAGAGGCGGACCUUGACGGACGACGAGGACGACGAUGGGAGUGGCCCAAAAGACCCGAAGAAACCAACCUUCAUGGCGACGAAAGUCUCCGGAAAAGAUGUCAACGAAGCAUUUGGAAACGAUAUCGAGGGCAAUCUCACCCUGUUUGACCAUGUUCCCAUUAUGAUGGCGAUAAAGACCCCCUCUAUCCGUGACGCGUGGAUCGUGGAUAGUGGAUGCGCUCAACAUGUUUGCAAUAGCGCCUCCAGGUUUGUCCAAAUGGCUAAAUAUCAUGGGCCUUCACUGAGAGGCAUUGAUACCUCAACAGCUCCCUCGGGCGUGGGAACAGUAAAUAUCCUGUGCAAUGUACGCGGCAGAAAGAAAUGGCUAGUGCUUGAUAACGUCCUGUAUGUUCCAUCUGCACAUGCCAAUCUCAUAUCGGUGCUCCAGUUGCUCCAACGAGGGGCAAAAGUCGAGUUCUCAAGCCGGGAUGCUAUCCUUCGCAACAAGUCAAACGGAAAGAAUCUGUUUACUGCCAGUGAAUAUCAUGGAGUCUACGCACUCGAUCUGUGGGCAAGUCUGACUUUCCCCUCUUACCAUGUUAGCCCACAUAUGUCUCUGUGGCACAGCCGGCUUGCUCAUAUGAGUGACGCAAACCUUCGGCGACUCAAGCAGCAAGCUCAUGGCGUGCGGGACAUGGAGGCACGUCAUCCAUGCAAUCCCUGUCUGCAGGGGCGAAUGAUCGAAAGGUCUCACAGAAGAUCAAGAGUCAGCAGGAGAGGAGAACACGCAAUGGACCUCCUCCAUAUUGACGUCGCAGGGCCAUUUGAUGACGGCCUAGAUGGCAGCCGUUACUGGCUAACCAUCGUUGACGACUUCACGGGCUGGAUCGAGAUUUUCCCGAUACCGCGAAGACAACACUUCGUCAUAGAAUCACUGCGGUUCUUCCUCGACCACAACGAGCGCCCCGAGCGAAAAUGCAAACGAAUACGUCUGGACCGGAUAUCUGAACAUAUGGGAGACGAGAUGAAAUUCAUGUUGUUCUCGCGCGCAAUCCAAGCGGAGGUGACAGGAGUGGAUCAACAUCAGCAAAAUGGGGUUGCCGAAAGAGCUCAUAAGACAAUCUAUGACCGUCUUGGGCCUACGCUGGCACAUGCAAGGCUGCCGUCUAAGUUCUGGCCGGAAAUUGCUCGAACUGCAGCUUUCCUCUCGAAUCGGUCGCCGUCAUCGAAGCUCAACAUGACUCCGUACCAAGCGUGGUACGGCGACAGACCUGACCUCUCAAGACUAAGAGUCAUCGGAUCAAAAGGAGAAUACUUGAUCCCGCCAAAGCAAAGAAAGAAGCUCACGGAUCCACGAACAAGGCCAUGUAUUUUGCUGGGCUACGAGGGAAAUACCAACUACCGUAUCCUCCUGGGAGACGGGAGAAUCGUUGGAACACCAAACGCUGAAUUUCAAGAAGUCCUUACAACUCCCUCCACACAGACUUUACAAGAUGUGGGAGCCAGACAAGACGGCUCACCUGAGGCAACGGCUGCUGUCGCAGGGGGGAGUGGGACGGUGGGACUAAUAAACCAACCGUCGGUAGAAAUACGGCAAACAUCCGUGCCUGCCUCGGGGCGCCAAUUGUCGAUGGAUCCCCCAGAGCGGGCCCUACCUAAGUCGAGAAACGAUAUCUCGCACACACUGCCUCGGAGUGACGAUGACUCCCGAGUGCUUACCCAGCCGAGUGACGAUAACUCGCAAAGCCAAGCGUCGUCCCAAUCGAGUGACGAUGACUCGCAGCCAGCUGUUGCUGUACAGGGAGACAGGACCUUGUCGCGCACACGGAGUGCGAACACCUUCGGACCUCUAUCGCCUGCUUAUCAGGAUUCUGUCCUUGGGAUUGAAUCGCCACCCGGUGGCGACCAGCAACAGGGCGACGCGGUUGCUGCUCAAGGAGACAUAACCUUAUCUUCCAUACGGAGAGGGAACACCCUCGGGCCACUAUCACCUGAUUAUCAGGAUUCUGUCUUUGGGAUUGAUUCACCAUCCGGUGGCGACCAGCAACACCAACGAGGGCCAAUUUUAGAACGGCAAGGAUAUUCAGAACUCCAUCGGCCGGUCCAUGAAGUUCAACAAGAAACAUUAGAUCACCACCCUGAACUAGAACUUCGGGCUUCGGAAGCCACAUUGGACAAUCCUGAUGGGGACGAAGAGCUUGCGCUCUUGAACGUACCUGAAGAAAACGUCAUUCCAACCUUCUUGGCCAUGGCUGCAAAGGAGACGGAACCAUUUGAACCCAAAACUCUGAGCCAAGCAAAAAACGACGCAAGCUGGGUGGACUGGGAAAGAGCCAUGCUUGAGGAAGUGAAUUCACUCCACCAAAAUCACACGUGGGAGCUUGUGGAUCCUCCCAAAGAUCGGCGGGUGCUCAGCGGUAAAUGGGUCUUCAAACUCAAGCGCGGGCCGCAUGGCGAAAUCAUCCGCCACAAAAGCCGAUGGGUAGUGAGAGGAUUCACACAAGAAGAAGGAAUUGACUAUGAUGAAACUUUCGCAUCGGUUGUCAAGCCAAUGAGCUACAAGGCUCUCUUCGCCAUCGGAGCGGCCCUGGACUUGGAGAUUGAACAAAUGGAUGUCAAAACCGCAUUCUUGUACGGAGAUAUCGACCACGAGAUCUACGUCGAACAGCCCCACCACAUGACGGACGGCACGCCAAGGGUCUGCAAGCUUCGAAGGGCCCUCUAUGGCUUGAAGCAGGCCCCUCGGAUCUGGUACCAGACCCUGACAAACUUCCUUCGCAGCCUUGGCUUCGAGCCAAUCACCGCCGAUCUCGGUAUCUUCGUCCGGAGCAGUGUGUACAUCGCAGUAUACGUUGAUGAUAUCCUGAUCGUGGGUCCGAGUAUCGCUGAGAUCAAGAGGAUCAAGCGGAGCCUGAGAAACCGGUUUCAGAUGACGGACCUGGGGCCAUGCAGCUACUAUCUCGGGGUGUCCAUCCAGCGAGACCGUCAAAACAGGAGACUGCUCCUAAGCCAAGAGGCAUACAUUGACAAUAUCGCUCAUCAACAUGGAAUUGACAACUGCGCCCCCGUCAGUACGCCGAUCGAAACCUCACCACUUCCGGAAAAUAGUCCAGACCACACCUGCACUCCAGAUCAAAGGACCUCUUACCAACGCAUUGUCGGAUCACUAAUGUACAUCAUGCUUGGAACCAGGGGGGACAUCGCGUAUGCGGUCUCUGUCGCUAGCAGAUCUCUCUCAAACCCUGGGCCCCAGCACAUGAAACUGGCCCGUCGCAUCCUGCGGUACCUCAAAGGAACAAAGAACCUCAGACUCACCUACCAAGGUCAGCUUCAGACCCUGAGAGGCUUCACAGAUGCGGAUUGGGGAGGAUGUCGCGCCACGAAACGAUCCACAGCUGGCUAUCUCUUCAACAUUGGAAGCGGGGCAAUCAGUUGGCAAUCGAAACACCAGGGCGUUGUUGCCCUUUCAACCUGCGAAGCCGAGUUUCUAGGACAAACGCAAGCCACCAAAGAAGCCGUCUGGCUGAGAAGACUUCUCAAUGAAUUGAAUUUGGAUCAAGGAACAACCGCCACGAUCAUCUGCGGUGAUAACCAGGGUGCCAUCGCUCUUGCUUCAAAUCCACAAUACCACUCCCGCACAAAACAUAUGGAAAUCCAACGCAAAUGGCAGGGAGAGAUCCAAGAUAGCGGAGGAGUGCAGCUUGGCUAUGUCCCAACCACAGAACAGAUUGCUGAUGGUUUUACCAAACCUUUGACUCGGCAAAGAUUUGAGUGGUUUCGAAGAGAACUCGGCAUCGAGUAA